AUGAGGAAACAAGCACGUAGUUUUUCUGGAGAGGGUCCAAAAGUUUCCUUAGUUUUGAGUGUUCAGAAGCUUAAAAUGGUGGAGUGCUCUCUGUGCAGGGAAACUAUCUCACCUGAUGGGCAAGCAACAUGUUAUCCAAAAUGCAAAAAUGGUGGGGAGUGCCUCAGACCUGGAAAAUGCAGAUGUCCACCUGGCUAUGGGGGUAGAUACUGUCAUAAAGUCAGCUGUGAAGGAGGCUGUCAAAAUGGUGGGGAAUGCAUCUCUGUCAAUGGAGUUGUGAAGUGCCUUUGUGCUUCUGGCUGGACAGGAUCAAGAUGCCAAGAAGCAAUUUGUCCCCAAGGUUGUCGGAAUAAUGGAGCUUGUGUGGCUCCUGGGAUUUGUAGCUGUCCAGCUGGAUGGGUCGGUGGAGCAUGUCACUUAGCUGUAUGUAAACUACCUUGUCAACAUGGAGGAAAAUGCAUAGCUCCAAAUGUGUGCAGAUGUCGACUGCCGUACUCUGGUCUACAGUGUACAAAGAAAAGGAAGGAAUGA